AUGGCUCACUGUCAACUUGUGGCGGACGCCCUCUCUGUGCCCUGCAGUUGGGUACUGCUUGCCGAGGUGUGUACGGCAGCUUUUCUCGCGCCAACAUCUGUGCUCUUUCCCACCAGGACCCUGCCGCUCUACAGCAUGCCUGGGGCACUCAUCUUGCACCCCGGGGCUACGCAGACCAGUGGACUGAUGUCCACCUAUGCGAAGGUGUUGCGGCAGAUCGAGAUUUGGCAGCGUGAACACGCGCUACAACAACACCAUGCUCGUGCAAACGUGCCGCCGGAGCCUGCUGGGCAGACAGAAGACAAUGCUCCGCCUGAGAGUAAGAAGCCUCGAAUAGCGGCUCCUGCUGUCAUGCACAUGGGCUUCACCAGUGGCAGUGUGGAUGGCGUGGUGGGACCAGCAGCUUUCUUGUCUGAAGCUCAAGUCUUCCUGACCUGGAUUGCCGAGCAAUCGGCCGCAAACCAAGGCCUUAUGACGCAACUGACGGACCGCCUCGUGUGGGACAAGGUGACUGUGAAGGAUCGCGCGACAGUCUUGGUGGAUGCCCCCUUCAUUGGCAUUUGCGGCGCAGCCCACAUGCAAGAGUUGAUGAACGCUUUGGGCGAGGCUGACCCGUUGGGUCUGCGUGAGAGGCUCUUGGUCAUGUAUGAACGGCCGUGCUUUGUGCGGUCGACGCAGCUGAUAGAGGCCUGUGACCGCACCCCUGCGCCGACACUGCACUCCCACUUGGCCAAGACCUUCUGGCCUAUCCAUUGUGCACACCACCCUGGUCACAAACUGGCAACCUUCGUGAAGGAUUUAAAUUACUCCUGGCUUCAUCAUCGCUUCACACCGGAGGCAGCCAUGUCAUUUUGGAGUAACUUCGAUGACCAUGCCGGCCAGCAAGAAGAAAACUAUCGCCUGGAUCAGCAAGCUGCCAAACGCGCUGGCAAAGGCAAGACGCGACAUUACCGAUUGGCCUUGCCCCUGCGCAACCUGAUGCAAACGCCGGCGGCUGCUGCGAAGGCCUCGGUGCUCCUGUCUGAGUACAUGGAUGCCAUCUUUACCCGGCUCGAUUUGCUUCGCGCCAGUCGUGACGCAGACAGCGCUUCCCCUCCAGCUGAGGCCCGCCUGCGAGUUCUCCACACAGAUGACCUGGGUGUUGUGUUUCCUCCUGCGGAACGAGCUGCGAUCCUCGUCUUCUGCCAAGCCAUUUGCAUGUGCUUGAAGAACCCGGUGCUGCGGCAAUCGGAUGUUGGUCACCUGAAACCAAUCAUUGCUUUGAACUUGCCCGCCUCCUGCAUCAGCCAGUACACAGUCAAAGCUUUCCGCCUCUUGGACAUGCUCGACCUAGGCCAAGCGACGCUGUCCACCAAUGUGGCAGGAGUCAAGUGCACCUUCUUCACGAACAUCCCCGACGAGAUGGUUGUCCACCCCAUCGCGCAGAGCAGCCUGCGGUUCUUCAAUUUGGGCACUCCCUUCUACACCCUCAGUGCGGCUGCAAUUCGCCAAACGCGGAAGAAGAGCCAAGCUGAGAUCGUGUGGAAGGAUCUGGAUGAUGCCGUCGUGGCGGCUCGCAUCACUGCCUUGUUGCACGCGCUUUGA